AUGCAGAAACAUUCAAAUCAUACAGGCUUAAAUCCAGCAUCUGAGAAUCUAUCUGUAGCAGAAAAAAAAGCACAUUUUCUCAACCGAUUUAAAUGCGAAGAUAAGCCAUCUCAUUAUCUAUCUAUCUAUCUAUCUAUCUAUCUAUCUAUCUAUCUAUCUAUCUUCAUGUUUUUUCCUGUCUAUCUUCAUGUCUGUUUUCUAUCUAUGUUAUAUAUCUAUCUAUCUAUAUAUAUCUAUCUAUAUGUCUGUUUUCCCUCCCUUUUAAUAACCUGCAUCUAUCUAUCUAUCUAUCUAUCUGUUGAUAAUUUCUUCAUCUGUUUGCAUCCUUUUCAUUCUAUCUAUCUAUCUAUCUAUCUAUCUAUCUCUCUAUUUCUCUUUUAUCUAUCCUAUCUUUUAUCUAUCUAUCUAUCUAUCUAUCUAUCUAUCUAUCCUUUUUUAUAUCUAUCUAUCUAUCUAUCUCUAUCUAUCUAUCUAUCUAUCUAUCUAUCUAUCUAUCCUAUUUUUAUAUCUAUCUAUCUAUCUAUCUAUCUAUCUAUCUAUUUCAGUUUGUAUCCUAUCCUAUCUAUCUAUCAUCUAUCUAUCUAUCCAUCUGUCCAUUUAAUCUCAUUUCUUUAUCUUUCUUCCUUUUCCUUUGUUCCUUUCUUUCCAUUUUUCUUUCUUUCUUUCUUUCUUUCUUUCUUUCUUUCUUUCUUUCUUUCUUUCUAUCUAUUUAAGUUUCUUCAUAUCUGUUUGCAUCCUGCAGCCCUCUUUCGUAUCUAUCUAUCUAUCUAUCUAUCUAUCUAUCUAUCUAUCUAUCUAUCUAUCUAUCUAUCUAUCUAUCCUAGCCCUUUUAUAUCUAUCUAUCUAUCUAUCUAUCUAUCUAUCUAUCUAUCUAUCUAUCUAUCUAUCUAUCUAUCUAUCUUCGUCUGUCAUUUACGCCACUCGCCAUUUUGUCUUUCAUUUUUUAUUCUUUCUUUAAACAUUUUAAUACAAUGCUCUUUCUUUAUUCUAACUAGAUAUACCAGCCGAACCCUUACAUCUCUCUCUCUUUCUCUCUCUCUCUCUCCCUCUCUCUCUCUCUCUCUCUCUCUCUCUCUCUCUCUCUUCAUUCUGAUCCAGCUUAUGCGUCUCGGAUACCUUCUGAAAACGGCAUUUCAGCCUUUGUGCACGCCUCUCUGUUAA